CACUGAUAACAGCGACUCGACUGACAAACCUGAUUCAUUUAAUACAGACAAUUUGGGAAGAGUUCAUACAGAAAACAGUGACAGUAACCAAUCAGAGAUGGAGCUCCUGACAUCUGCCUUCGUCAUCGUCCUCCUCACAACAGCCUCGGCUAAGCCAAUUGGCUUGUCCAGGCAUGACGCUGACAUCCCCGACACGGAUGUGCCUUUGGAGUUGUUUGAUAUGAAUGCGCGGCAUUCAUCGGAGUCCUGGGAGUCUGACGAAUCCACGGAUUCUUCAAGAUCACACCUGACCUUCCUGGAUUUGACGAGAUCUGACGAAUCUUCGGAAAGCCAUUCCUCAGAAAGCAGCUCCUCGGAAAGCAGCUCCUCGGAGGAUUCCUCAGAGGAACGCUUCGUCACCGUUCCGCCCACGACGGCCGGACCCGCCACCGCCAUGACGACCGAACGCAGGGGAGACGCCUUGAGCACGAAUGGGCCAAUCGUGAUUGACGUGACGCCCCCAGCACCAACGCCCCCAGCUGCCACGCCCGCUGUCGGCACGACGCCCGGUGCCACCACCCCUGAGAUUCAAACAGCAGCUCCCAUCACAGGAAACAGAGGAGACAUCUAAUCAACCAACACUGCUGCUCGUUUUCACACACCGGGGUUUUAGCUACACACACAUUUCAUCCCAGUUACUCUAUAGUCUGAUUUCAGCUGCAAAGAAGGAACUCCAGUCAAAUUAUACAUACAAAAUAUAAAUCACAAGGACUUUUUUAUAUUUGUGACUGUGGCAUUCAUGAGGUUGAGAGGUCAGCGAGCAAACUAACUUUCCUCGAUACCUAGAUAACUAAAGUCUAAAUGUGGAGGAUCAGGUCAGAUAAUGAUGCAUUAACCUUUUGACCAUAGCAGCUGACAUUUAACCAGUUCUAAAUAUUUAUUAUUAUCAUUAUUAUUAACUAACAAUGCUCUGAAGAGAGAUGCAUCACUUUUAUUCCGUCCGUGGAUUUCACCACAAAUCGUCCUGUAGAAGAAAACUUAACUUUACAGCACUUGAGAAUAUUUCAUUUUCAACCUGUUAAUGUAUGCAUUUUAACACAAUACUUGUCAUGUUACUGUCAACAUGUUAACCCACUUUCAUUUUAUCAUUUUGUGUUAUCAUCAAUAGUAAUAUCUCUGUAGCACAUGCUAAUUUUUCCGAUGAUGUCAUAGGAGCAGCACAUGUUGUAUUUUUAACUGGUUUAAAGAGGCUGAUCUGCACCUGAGAGAUCACACAACAGCCAGGAGACUGAAUUUUUUAAAAUGAUUUAAAUACAAAUGAUCAGCUAAAGACCUGCAGUGUAAAUGAAGGUAACUAGCAAGAUUAAUGGAUGUGCUUUAUUUAAGAGUCAUUCGUCCAUUUAAAAGCCCAGAUUGUGUUCGUUUAUCUUUACAUUUAGUUUACUGGACAGGCGGGACAUAAAGGAUUGCUGCCAGCGAGUCAAAGACCCUCCAAGUUUAAAUUAAAAAAAAUAUUUCUACAAAGAUCUGGCACUAAACAACAACACAACAAGUUUACGCAGAGCGGCUUUGGCUUUUUUUUUUUUUCAAAAUAUAUUUUCAUUUCAGCCUCUCGAGAUGUUUCCAUCCAGGUUUUGUUCAUAUUUUAAAGCAUUCUUGAAAAAUUCGGCAGAAGAAAAUGUGAAUUAAUGCGCAUUUCCACCAGCGACGUGAACGCAAAUUAUGUUGAAAUGCAAAUGUAAGGAGAUUUGAUGAUUUCUUUACUCUGAGAUGAAGGAGAAGCUCAUGUCAGAGGUUAUUUUUUUUCCCAUCAGCCUUCAUCACAUUUUCUCUUUGCCAACAUGGAGCUUUUGCAAAACCAUUUCCAUUCAGGUUUAAUCUGAUGGCUGAAAUUCAGAAUUCACAUGAAAAUGGCUGCAUUUGACUCAUGCAGAAAUCAACCUGCUUACAAAAAUGUCUUUACUGCACUGAUUGACGUCAGAGUGAGAGGGACUGCUACUGCACUGCACUGAAAAAAAAAAUAUAAAAAACUGCACUUAUGCUCGAGGUAUUCAAGGCAUGUUCUCCUCCUGUGGUCGGCUCGCAGCCUGCGGGAGGCGUGGCCUGUGUUGGCGGUGGAGGUCCGCCCUCGCCUGUUGUCCAUGCAUGUCGAAAACCAAAUUAGAGACACCAAACUAUUGCAGCAAUGGGACUUUAAUUAUGGGCUGUAAAUUCAUCCGUCCCUAAUUAAAUGGAACUGGGUGAACUGAAGACAAUACCUUCAUGCUGUUGGUUUUGUUACUGAUUUAACUCGUUUUGUUCUCCACGCCUUGUUUUCUGAUGCCAAACUGCACCUAUAAUGUGUGUGUGUGUGUGUAUUUGUGUAUUUGUGUGUUUUUUAAAUAAAGU